AGAAAUGGCAACUUUUAAUCUCUCUUCUCUUCUGUUAUUGUUUUGAUACUGAAGUAUCGAUAACUCUUGAAAGAUAGAAAUUUUUCUAUUUUGUUAAGAAUAAAAAUAACUACACUGACUACAAUAAAUAAGUUAUAAAUGACUUUAUUCGUUUAAAUUCAGAAAAAUGGCUCCUUAUCCUGAAGAAAUCGAUGUAUUUUCUUUACCUCAUACAAGAAUGAAAGAGCUAGUAGAUGUGUACCGUGAAAAGCUGUUAUAUACUGAUUUUAAAGAUUAUGCUGCAGUCGAAUCUUUGUUGCACAGUCUGCAUCACACUUUCUGUGAAUUCAAGUCUCACGAGCAAAUUGAAAACAAGUAUAUCAUGAGAAAGUUGAAGAAACGCUUAAAACUAUUGUCUAUCCAUGAUGCCACUGUGUGUAACUGUCACUCUGAUAAUAAACUGUCAGACAUGUUGGCCCUGGUUAAAGACGGUUAUUCCUGCACGUCCAAACCUGAAGCAGAAAGAAUUAAUUUUGGCAUAAAACUGCAGGAUGCUCUGCAGGAUUUCACCUGUUCAUUUUUACCCCACAUGAAAGAAGAGGAAGAGGUUUUCCAACCGAUGUUAAUGAAGUAUUUUGGUUAUGAAGAACUGAAAUGCCUGAAGGAACAAGUGAUCAAGGAACACAGUAAAUGGUACACAUAUGACAUUCUCAAUGAGAAAUCAAGUCCUAUUGUGAGACUUCCGCAUGAAGUCAUUCUACACAUCAUGUCCUAUCUGAAUCCAAAGGAUGUCAUACGUUGUUCCCAAGUCUCUCGAUCUUGGAAUGAGAUAGCCUGGGAUUCUUCAUUGUGGAAAGACAUCUAUCCAUGCUUCUGGGCUCACGGCAUGUGGGAGAAUUAUGAAGAAGAUCAUGAAGAUUGCAAUGAAAAGUUUUAUGCAGGAGAAGAGGAUGAGCAUCACCAAAGAGAAGUGAGAGUUUUGGAAAAGAUUCUGAACCAUUUAGUACCUCAGAUUGGUGCAGGUGUACAAAAAAUAGUUUUAUCCUCAUCAAGGGGACUUACAAACAAUCUUGUUAAAGGAAUAUUCGAGUUGCUUAAACUUACAGCACCUCAACAUGUCAGGAUGUAAAAACGUAACAGACCUGGGUCUUUUCUGGCUGGCCGACUGCAUGGCCGUCUUACCACCCGAUCUCCCGGAUGGCUCCCAUCACCUGAGGGAGAUCUACCUGAGGGACUGUCUACAGGCAAACAACAACUGCUGUUGUGAGAUUGAAGAGACGGCAAGUUGCCUCAAAAUUGACUUUUGCAGCAGCUCUUGUUGCUGGCAGAGAGACGGUUUCAUGUGUCACCUGGCAAAGCUGUCUCUGAACUGUCCCUACUACAUGCAGCAGCCGGGUGCGAGCAGCGUUCGUAAGACGACGGCCACUUUCUUCACUUCUUCCUCUCAGAAGAGAAGAAGAGAGACAAAGUCUCUCAAGUUUUUGAGUAUUUCGGGUUGCUGUGAAAUUACGGAUGAAGGAUUGAGGUGCCUUUUCGAAGCGGGUGUUUUGAAGAUGUUGGAAUUCUUGGACGUGUCCGGUUGCUGGCUGUUGACGGGUCCCGGUCUUUGCUCUCUGACCAGCGCCCUCACCUUCCUCAAACCUGAGAAUCUGUUUUAUUGCGACCAAAUAGUGGACGGACCGCACCCGGACACUUCGAACGGCUGCCAGAAUUUAGAGACAGGAGUGAGAGCCUGUUGUCGUCAACUGCCGUAAAACCUCUUCUUCGAGGCCCCCAUGUUAAGCUUUCGCAUUUCAGGGUUGCCACUCCUGCAGGGAAUUUUGUUUCUUAUUUUCUUGUUGAUAUUUUAGUUCAUUUUAUUGUUUUAAGUAUAUGUUUCCAGCAGUUAGUCCUUACAUAAAAGUUCUUGUGUGUAUGAUAUGUACAGAGGGAAUUGAAGAUUUGAGUGGCUUUCAUAUUUUCUAUCUUUACACAGAAUAUGUUUUAUUUUAAUGAUACUCUAGAGUAGGGGAUGCACAGUCUUUUUGGGUGAAGGGUCAUUUACACAGAAGGGCUCAUAUUUAGUCAUGUUAGCAGCAAAUAUGAUAAUCUAGACAUUAACGUUCUGAGCACUAAAUAUCAGUUAACUUAAUAACAUAUAUUUGCAGAAAAUUAAAUACUUUUAAUUCAUUGAGUUUAUUUAAACCUAAAGAAACUAUUACUUUUUUUAAAAAAAUUUUCUCCAUUUUUCACGAUAAUUAAUUUAUCAAAUAUAUAUAUAUAUAUAUGAUGCAUGUAUUUAUUAUACAUACAUGAAUAUUGAGGGGGUUAUAAAUUUUAAUUAAAGUAAAUUUAUAAUGUUUAAGCUAAAACCAAAUUGUUGAAAAAUUCCUGAGGGCGUGCACGACAGUUGGCGGGCCGCAUGUGGUCUGCGGGCCAUAGGUUGUGCAUCCCUACUCUAGAGGACCCUAUACAAAGUUGCCAGUCUACAGGGAAAA